AUGAGCAGCAAGCGCCUAACCAUUCAAUCUGAGUAUGUGGAUAAGCCGAAGCACUUUAAGGGGCUCCCAGAGGAGGUGUUUGGGAGGCAUCCAUCAGUAGCCUUAUUCACCUGCACAAAUUCUCUUAUGGGCUUCCUAAAUAUCUGUUUUCUCUGGAUUGGGCCCGAGAGGCUAAAGUCUAAUGUAUUUAUGUUGAGUUUUGAGUGCACACAGCGGGUUAUCCCUCAAGUUCCAACCCCCUUUUUACCCCCUCAAUACCAAACACUUCACUUAUUGGUCAGCAGCUGUUUCCCCUGCCUGGUGACCAGCCGGGACAAGCAGAAGAGAGAGGGAAGGGAGCGUCUUCGGUCACAAGGUGGCGCGCGCGAGCCUCCCAAAGCCCGGCGGUCCCCAGCCCCGCACCUGCUCCGGGCACGGGCCCCACCCCGCUCGCUUCCCGGGCGCUCCAGGAGCCGCGCCCCCUGCCCUCCGGGGCGGGACAGCGCUGAGCGCGCCGGGGAGCUCCAGGUGGCGGAGGAGGGAGAGCCUGGUCCCGGCCCCCGUGGAAGGUGCAGCGGACCGCCCGACGUCCCCCGGGCCGCAGGCCCCGCCGCCGUCGCGGAGGACCUGUCCAAAGUGUCGGACGAGGAGCUGCUGCAGUGGAGCAAGGAGGAGCUGAUCCGCAGCCUGCGGCGCGCCGAGGCCGAGAAGGUGAGCGCGAUGCUGGACCACAGCAACCUCAUCCGGGAGGUGAACCGCCGCCUGCAGCUGCACCUCGGCGAGAUCCGGGGGCUCAAGGAUAUUAACCAGAAACUCCAGGAGGAUAACCAGGAGCUGAGGGACCUCUGCUGUUUCCUGGAUGAUGACCGGCAGAAAGGCAAGAGGGUGUCCCGGGAGUGGCAAAGACUGGGCCGCUACACAGCUGGGGUGAUGCACAAGGAAGUAGCUUUAUAUCUACAGAAGCUGAAGGAGCUGGAGGUGAAGCAGGAGGAAGUGGUGAAGGAGAACAUGGAGCUCAAGGAGCUUUGCGUGCUGCUGGAUGAGGAGAAAGGGGCCGGCUGUGCAGGCAGCCGCUGCUCCAUCGACAGCCAGGCCAGCUUGUGCCAGCUGACAACCUCCACUGCACCUUAUGUGCGGGAUGUGGGUGACGGCAGUAGCACUUCCAGUACGGGCAGCACCGACAGCCCUGACCACCACAAGCAUCAUGCAAGUGGUGGCAGUCCUGAGCACCUGCAGAAGCCCCGGGCCGAGGGGAGUCCUGAGCACUCCAAACAUAGGAGCACCAGCCCUGAACAUCUGCAAAAACCCAGGGCCUCUGGCACCCCAGAUCACCCCAAAGCACUCAAAGGACCUAGCCCUGAGCAUCAUAAGCCCUUAUGCAAGGGCAGCCCUGAACAACAGAGGCACCCACACCCAGGGAGCAGCCCUGAAAUGCUGCCCAAGCAUAUGCUCAGUGGAAGCCCAGAACAUUUCCAGAAGCACAGGCCGGGGGGCAGCCCGGAACAUGCCAGGCACAGUGGAGGGAGCCCUGAGCACCUUCAGAAACACACGCUUAGUGGGAGCCUGGAGCACCUGCCCCGACCCAGGGGCACCAGCCCGGAGCAUCUCAAACAGCAUUAUGGUGGAAGCCCUGAUCACAAACAUGGAGGAGGAGGAGGAGGAGGCGGAGGAGGAGGAGGAGAGGGCACCCUCAGACGGCAGGCGCAAGAGGACCUGUCCCCCCAUCAUCGGAAUGUCUACAGUGGCAUGAACGAAUCAACCUUGUCCUAUGUUAGGCAGCUGGAGGCAAGAGUAAGACAGCUGGAAGAAGAAAAUCGCAUGCUACCCCAGGUUGUGUGGAGGAAACUUGGAGAUGCUGCAGGUUCGUGUCCUGGAAUUAGGCAACAUUUGUCAGGCAACCAGUACAAAGGGCCAAUGUGAAGAUUGCUCUUCUUUCAGACAUAAGAUCACCACUGCCAGAGAAAAAAUAAAAGAAGAACGAAAAGUAAAGAGUAUAUUUCCAUAGACCUAGACUCAUGGAAUGAUUGUACAUUGCACAUAUCUCCCCUCUAUAACGUCCCCCAUCACGCUGAUAUAUUUUGUGUGUCUAACUUCAGUGUUCAUAACAGGAAAUUCCAAACAGUGUAGAUUUGAAAAAAUACAUCACCGUUUUAGUAGUCAUGUUUUCAUUAGAGCUAAAGUGGUAUUAACUCCCCAGAUUUAAGAUUGCAAUUGGGAAACCUGCAUUAUUGUCAGCAUCUCAGAGAGCCUCACUGGCUUUGAUUGAAUUGAUUCAUGGCAUCUAAAAGUGGGAACCUUUACCAUGAUGUAAGGAGAUAAGAAGAGGCAUUUUUCCAGCUUCCUGAGAGUGACAGUUGGGAAACUUCCUCUUUUACCUCUUACACUUCAAUAAAGGAAAUAUUCGUUCCUGAUGCAUACAUAAUGAGGAUGUGGGAGACUAUUUGGUUUCUAGGAUUUUGUUUUGACUUUUAAGGUGCUAAAUAUACCACAUAAGUUGUUUUACCAGCUAGAAGGAUAGAAAGACUUUGUAAGUGCUCACCAGAGAGUAUCACUUAUUUCAGCUGAGCAAAAUAAGUAGGUGUUUUUUGUUAAUCUUGAUGAUUGCUCAAAAGGUACAUCUUGGGGACUUGUCAACCUCCAUACUCACACAGUAUAUCAAUUUCAACUGAAAAACAAGCAAACAUAAUUUUCUAAGUGUUUUGAGCUGUGAUAUCAAUUUCUACAACUUAGUUUUUAGACAUGCUGUAUGUUUAAUAAACUUCAUGUAAACUUUAAAAUAUUGCACUGCAUUUAUGGGGGGAACAGCUUUGUCUCCUGCAGCUAGCUAUCUUUCCUAACGCAUGCCCUUCAUUAUUGAGGCUAAAGCUCUUGUUCAGAUUGCUUGAGAUUUGAAAAAGAGGCGUGCUAGCUUUGCUUAGUUUAUUCCUUAUUUUUUGGUAGAGAUAUAUAAUAUUAGAAUGUGUGUAUCAGAAAUGCUAUGAUAGAUAUUUUGUGUUUCUCUAAAUUCAAUGAUAGUUUCCUGGAUGAAUGUGCAAGAGGCCUGUUGACAGAAUGCUACCUUUCUACUGUAGUUUAAGGUUAUAAAAGGAGGGAUGCAACAAUUCCCAUUUUGGGCAUAUCUUCUAAAUCACGGCAAAUGAUCUUUGUUGUUUCUAAAUGGGCUCAUUACAAUGUAUUAAUGGUCAUUAGUGGCAAAACCUGAAGGAAUUUUGUAGUACUUAAAAGGAAAAAGUUUAACUGUGUUGAAAGACUUGCCCUCUAUUUUCAGAAAAAUUUUGUGAAUUCAUUUACUAUAGAAUUAUCUCUUUCUGUAUCACAAUUGGGUUAGAGUUUAAGCCUUUCUUUUAAGAUGUUAUAUUUUUAAAUAUUAUUAUUGUGUAAAAGAAAAUUGCUUGCUAUAUUUACACCUUUGGUCACAGAAGAGCUUUCAUCCUGAAUUUGUUGCAUUCUUCCACCCUGAAGACAUUUGAAACAAGUUUUUUGUGUGUGCGGCAGAGCCUGAAGAAGCUAAUUGGAGGAACCCACGUCUUUUGAGAAAAUACUUGUGUAAAUUUUGAUACUGUAUUAAAACUAUUUUUUUAAAGUUCCACCUAAAACUGAGUAUUAAGUAUACGUGUUCA